AAUCCGAUGGAACAAUGAGGCUUUCAGCUCCAGUCGUUGCUCUUGCUGAAGAAGUCGAGAAACUGAUCCCAGUUCAACAAUUGCCUCCACCUGCUCCACCACCAGAAAACGUACCACCGAACAGAAACCUGUAUUCUAUGGAGUGCGAAGUUUGUGGGCCCUUUUCAAAGCCACGCAAAGCGGAUCCCGGGGAAAUUCAUCUAGACCCUGAUUGCCAAAACAAAAGUACCAGACGUCUUGGGCUUCGGGGGUCCUUGACAAAACUGUUCGAAAAGUUAUCUCCCCGGAAACGACCGCAACCGAUCAGCACAUCAGCAGAGGAAAUUACGCCAAUUUCUUCCACGAAGAAAACCCAAGCCAAUAUCCCAAAACCAGCCGUAGACGACCCAAGGUUGGCAACCCUGAAGGAACCGGGAGCAUCAGCAAGGUCUGUACCUGUGCAAGAAGAAUCAAGUUCCGCGUUUUCGCUUCCCGAAGGUCGUUCCGGAGAUAAAACCUCGAGAAUGUUCGAAAAACCUUUGAAUUUCCGCGAAACUUUCCAAAAGGCCGAAAACUCGCCGAGACGCCAAAAGGAUAAAAUUCUGGAAAAAGCGGGCAGGGACGCCGAUGAUAUUUUCGACCGAAAAACUGAAAAUCUCAGGUUGUCUUCAAAAUCCAGCUCAUCACAACAAAUUGAAGAAACUGCCGCCGAUCGUCGAAACCGGCAGGACAUGAGACGUCAAAAGCAAAAUGCCGUGGACGAGGCCGACAAUGCGUUUACCACCCCGGCAAUGACGUCCAUUCGCGACAAUGAAGUGUGGGAAGGGGAAAAAGAACAAUUCAACCUCGACUCUUUCCUUGAUAAUCAAAUGUACAUUGACCCAAACAAACCUAAAGCCACAGCUACGACGAACAAAGAGCGCCGAGAAGACGGUGCAACCCGGCGAAUGGGUCGCACUAUAGCCAAGCAAAAGGACUGGAUGCCCAGAACCAGUUCGUCUUGGGACAAAAACUAAUGGAUCCUCCUUUCUUGCAUGUAACAAGUGUUUUGUUAGUGNCUAUUUAAAUUUUGCUCAUCAGUCGAGACUCGAGAGAUGCAAAACGAUCCUAAGAAUUAAGGUUU